AUGGAGCCUCCCGGCAGUCUCUCGCCCUCACGGCUUCGCCACGCUGGCUCAGUGAGGUCUUAUUCGCCGCAGCCCCGUUCUUCUGGUCGGCAGGCACCUUCGCCCCGUGUCACGGUCCCUGCGACGUCUCACAGCUCUGCCUCGCACUCUUUUUCUUCACGAUCCUCUGGCGCUUCCACGUACUCCGCUCGCGAGUCUCGCAUGGAGACCGAGUAUCACGCUUGUCCUUCUUCUUCGCAUGUCUCAGGGCGACGGAACCGCCACAGAGGCGAGGGAAACGACUCUCGCAGCCCGCAUUCGUCGCUGUCGCACACGGCGGAUUCGUCUUGCGCGUGCCGUUCUCGCGAAUUUCCUUCUCGAGGAGAGAGAAGAUUUCGAAGGUCAGACCACGAAGCGUCAAGCGGAGGUCGCACACCCUCCUCUCUGCCGCUUCGUCGUGUCGUUGCCUGGGUUUUCGCGUUUCUUCGAGCGCCGAAACGUUCAUCACUCGCGUCUUUUUCAUUGUUGCGGGGGUCGCCUCGCCGGUACGCUCGGCUCUUGCCUCUCUCGGCACUUGUCUUCUUGGCUGUCCUCGCGGCCGGUUUCACCGUCUUCUUCCUACUGACUCUUCCGCUGCGAUUCCUCCUCCCUUCCUACGCGCCUUCGUCUCCGCCGUCUUGGCGCUCGCCUUCCUACUUUUUUUCUAUUGACAGAGUCCCUUUCGGGGCGCCUACCCCGCCGCGCCUGGAGCCGGGCCGGACCGCGGUCUCCACUCCGCGUUUGGAUGCGCCGCCCUCCGGCUUGUCGCUUUCAUCGCGUCUGUCGCUUUCGCGUUUCUUCCUCGCGACGCCGCAGCCCGCGCGGGGCUCCGCUUCGGGCUCCUCGUCUCCUCACGCGGGGCGCGGCCUCUCCGCAUGGCGCCCGGCGCAUGCUGUCCCGGACGCGGCGACUCGCCCUCGGCGGCUGCAGGCCUCGAGCACUAUUCAGGUUGGACCGCCCGAGGGCUACACCGGGUUCAGCGUGGAUCACCUCUGGAACGCUUUUCUCAGCGGCCCUCAGGAGUACAUGUUGUUUCUGUGGUUCCUCGUGUGCCUCGUGAUGUUUGCCUGCUUCUGCAGCUGGUCCUGCCGCCAAAGGUCGUUUCAGAAAGCCGUUCUGGUCUCGCCGUGA